GGGGGGGGGACGGACGAGUUGAAGACUGUAUUUGAUGAGCUGGAGCAAGAAUGCGCUUGGCGAGCGAGCCAGAAGGCUGCUGGAAUGUUGGUGUUGGUGUUGGUGUUGUAGCGGUGGUGUGCUGAUUGAUGAUGGCUGUGUGACUGGAAAGGAGAAAUGAAGACAUGCAUGAAAAGAUGAAAGACACGACAACGACUCGAGCGCGAGCUGCUGAAGCGAGAGGUUGCUCUGGAGGGCAACCGAGAAGGAAGGUGGUGAAGGCAAUGAAAGGGUUGGAGAAGCUCAGACGACCAAAAGAUGCGUCUGUGUUGCGAAGUGUGAAGUGACAAGUGAAUGGGCCUAGAGGCCAGCUGGCGCUGCACACCCCACAAAGAAAGAGAGCACGCGAAAACCAAACCUCACACACACACAUACACAACAAAGCAACAAGCAAGCAAGCAAGCGGCCUCUACCCACACAAGGCUCACAACCACCACCUACACACGCAUGCACACUGCAAAGUUGUUGUUGGUUGUGUUGGGCAGCAGGCGCUUGGGCGCUUUGUGUGGGCGACCCAAGAAGGCAAGGCAGGCCAAGCAACAAGGAAGCAAGGCGAGCAAGACUUUGGGGGGCGGAAUUCGUUGUGUUCGCCGAGCUUCUUUAGUGGGGACGGGACAAAGGGGGCAACAAACCUCGACACAAGGCACAAGAAAUCGUGUGGGGCGAAGGCAUCAAGGCAGGUAUGUUGUUGUCGUUGUUGCAUGUGCGUGUGUGUGUUCGUGUGUUUGUGUGUGCGAAACGGGUUGGGGUUAAACGAGCCUGACGCAAGGUUGAUACGCUCAAAACGGG